AAAGUUUGUAAAGUGAGCAUAGACAUGUCACAUGGGAGUAAGAAAAAAGAGGCAAAAGAUUCAUUUAUGUUACGGUUAGGACAGCGCAGACAGACACACCUUGGCGUGUAGAUAAGGGCUUCCCUCAUCUUCAUGCUAGCUUGAGCCACCGCCGUUCAAAUUCUAAAUCCAAAUUAAACACCCAACUUCCAAACCUUUGCAAAGUUUAGGAUAAUGUUAAUAUGAAGACCAAUUGGUUUUUUGACCAGAAUUUUAAUGGUGUGUCGGAGGAUAUUCUUGAAGAUGUCAUUGAGUUUUUUGAUUUUCGACUUGAUGAUGUGGAACUAACUGAUGUUGUUGAAGAAGAUUGGAAUGCUCAAUUCAAACACCUUGAAGAGCCAUCUCUUGGUGUUUUUUCAGUACCAUCUUCUGGGUUGUGUGGCGAAAUCGAAACUCAAAAUGAGAAACCGAAACUUGGGAAGAGUUUCUCUGCUGCUGAACUUUCUCAUAUUGAUGGAAGAAAUAUUGUUAAUUCAAGCUUAAAAGAUCGACAAGUACUUCUAGCUAAGACUGCUGGACCUGCAUAUGGAAAAACUAUUCCCAUUCAAAAUGUCUCUUUCAACGGAAAAGAUCUGCGCCGAUGCCAAACCUACAGCCCAGUUUCAGUUUUUGAAAGCAGUAGUUAUUCCUCGGUUGAUAAUUUCAACUUUGAAUUACCAGUGAUCCCAGCAAAGCGUCCUCGCAGUAAAUGUCGCCGGCGUCUCUCAACCUUUGACAAGCUCUUCUCAAUUCCAUUCAUCUCUACUCCACCCGCUUUUCGUAAACGUCAAAGGCUAGCUGCUUCUGAAUCGGUAUGCCGAGUCCAAAGAAAGCAGCGGAAAACGGAUAGUAUUCGGAUGAAAUCACAGGAAUCAGUUGCUCCAAGAAAAUGCAUGCAUUGCGAGGUGACAGAGACACCGCAAUGGAGAGAGGGACCUAAGGGUCCUAAGACACUAUGCAAUGCUUGUGGAGUUCGAUACAGGUCCGGUCGUCUAUUUCCUGAAUACAGGCCUGCAGCUAGCCCCACAUUUGAAGCAUCAUCGCACUCAAAUUCUCACAAGAAGGUCUUAGAAAUGAGGAACAAGGCCAGCCAGGAGACUUUUAAAGGUUCUUCCAUGUUGUAUUUAUCAUCAAACCUUCCAGGAAGUUCGGAGGCGUUCGGAGACAAGAUGCUGAAAAUUCUGCAAUGAAGAGAGUGAAGUUGAACUUGAAGCAAAGAGGGAAAAUGGGAGAAAUGGUUCAAGAACCCUUGUAUCACAAUUCACAAGUACAAGGACAUGAAAUAUUAAAACUGUAGAAGGACAAUGAUAUCCCAUACCUUUUUACAUGAAUGAGGUGAAAACACAAUCUAUAGUGGAAGAACACGUAUAAUUAGACUGGUAAGCCUAAAUGAUUGUUGAAACUGCGAAGCUGACACAGUCUUAGUUACACACCAUUAUUUUCUUGGAUAUUUCAGGCUUACCAUGUCCAUGGUUUGGAUAAACUAUCCCAGGUCGACAAAUUGUUUAUCCAAAACCAUGGACAUUUCAGAGGCAAGUCAUAGACUCACCAUGUCAUUUUUUUAAGGACAGCAACCUUGUUCGCGGUA